CGUGGUCCGGAAGCCAUUUUGAUUUACCGGCCAAUUUUUAGAAACAUUCUAGUUUGUCGUUUUUAUUUCGAGUCAUGGCUGCUCGUGGAAAACAGAAUCAAGAGACGCAAGAUAAACUCACUCGAAUUGCCAUAGUGAGUAAUGACAGAUGUAAACCGAAAAGAUGUAGACAGGAAUGUAAGAAGAGUUGUCCUGUUGUUCGAAUGGGUACGUUUUAUAAUUUUUACUCCUUUUUUAGCUCAAUCCUUAAAUUGUGUUUUAUCUUUUAACUUGAGACAUGAAAAUGGAUCUAUGUCUCGUUUUUCUUUUGACAGGGAAACUCUGUAUUGAAGUAGAACCCACCAGUAAGAUUGCCAAAAUUUCAGAAUCGUUAUGUAUUGGUUGUGGCAUUUGUGCUAAGGUAAGACUUCACAAGAUUAUGGUAAAGUCUUGCAUUUAAAUUCUAUGAAACUUUACUUAAUCCCUGUAAAAGUAAAAGCACGUAGCAUUAAGAUCAAACUUUUUUAAACCUCAUCAUGAAGUGAAUCUAUUAACGAGGAAUAAUGGGGGAGGUACGGGAGGGUAAAUCCUCCUCUUCCCUUCUUUUUGGGACAGUUUCUUCCUCCUCCCUAAAAUUGGUUUAAAAAUUGGCGGCUGGCAACACACGACCCCUGCACUUAGUUGUAAAGGAAGUAUAAUGACCUUCCGAGCUUCGCCUCUACAUUAACUUACCACACAAAGAGGGCCUAACCACUGUAUGUAUGCAUACAAAGAUUUUUAUGGAGGGAAAGCCCAUAUACCUGCCUCCGAAGGUACUCCCUUAUAGGGGGUAUGUGCCACCCAAAGGGGUUGUGAUUUUGAAGCUCCUGAUUUAGAAAGGGGUAUCCAUUUCAGAGGUGUUUCCUAGAAUGGGGUAUAAUAUUUCGAACGCACGAAAGCUCUCCACUUUUGUAAGCAGCCAUUUGGAAGUAUUCAAGGACCGAUUGCUUUUAAAAAUACGGUUCAAUGCGUUGACAAGCAAACCAUUGUACUCUUGUUGCACCCUAGAACGGAGUAUAAAAAAUUGGCCCAUCUCUAGAAUGGGGUGUUAGUUUUAGUGUGAAUUCUAGAACGGGGUAUAAAGAAUUGGCCUAUUUCUAGAACGGGUUAUCAAUUUUAGGGGAAGUUUUUUCUAGAACGGGGUGCCAAUUUGGAGUCCCGGGCGGCACAUACCCACCCAAAAAAUACCCAAGUGCCCCCGGGAUAGCUGGUCUGAAAGUGGUUAUGGAUUUAAGAGGCCAGGUCUGAAAACAGGUGUGGAAAAUAACAUUUUUUAGGCUGAAACGGGGUCAGGAUUUGGAGAAAUGGGUGGCACACGCCCACUGGAAAUUCCCGGGAAUACCCCCCAUGUACCUACCAAGUAUCUCUCUAUCUUAUGUUAAAAGAAAACUCAUACCAAUUUCGCGGUAGCAACUACCUGAAGACCAGUGGAACAGCCAUGGGAACAAAGAAGGCCAUUGCUUUUGCUAACCCCUUCAUAGCGUGAAUAGAAAACCAAAUACUGAGUCAGAGUUGUAUUGAACCUUGUCACCAGAGGAUUUUUUCUCGCAUGUGGUGGGAGGCUUCAGUGUUGGCUGCAGGCCGACAGCAAAACCGCAAACCGUGCGUAAAAAGUCUCUGGGCACCCAGGGUAAUUGAACCAUUGUUUUGGAAACAAUAUAUUGACAAUGUGUAUUCCCUAUGGAACACAAGUCUCUAGAGACAAAAUAGGGAGCUAAAAAUAAUUGUGGAAAAGGCAAAUAACUUUCACUCUGCUUUCAUAUUCACGGCUAAGAUGUCAGAAAUAGAGAUCUCUUUCUUGGACGCAAGAGUGUACAAAGGGGUUAGAUUCAACAAGCAACCAAUCCUUAGACGUGCAAACACAUUAUAAACCAGCCAGGGGCCCAUGAACCUUAAGAAGCGAUUCACGUACUCAUGUGAACCACCAGGAGUGAAGAAAUCUUCUUUAAAGGAGAAACGCUCAGGACUGAUAUGAUUCCUCUCAAACCACUUAAAUUGAGGAAAAUAUCAAAAAUUUUAAAAUUGCAUGAUAGAAAGAGGCUACCCUGUCCCAAUUGUGAAAAAGUACCUCUCUGAGUUAAAAUUUGCCGAUAGCAAAACAGCUCUUCAACAGAGCAACAAAUCUGCACGUAAAAAAACUACAACCUUUUGUUACACUAUACCACCCGGCUUUACUUAGACUGAAGAGAAUACAAUGGGAAAAUAGCACCUUAUAAAAAACCAACAUGGCUUAAGAGAAAUCUUUAAGGAGCCUCCCCUCAUAUCAUAUCACUAGGGAAAAUCCAUUAAGGACCUAUUAGUUAGAGCAAAGCAGAUAACUUCCCUUAUGACUGAGUGCAGGAGUUGUGUGUUGCGACUGCUGUCGCCAAGUUUUAAACCUGGUAACCUGAGAUGUGUCAUUUUCCCCUUUCCCCCAUCCCUUGUCAUGAUGCAAGUUAAAGAAAAGUCAUAAAGUUACCUUCUCCCAACACUUCAUUUUCUCCCUCCUCUCUACUUUUUCGGGCCAUUUCUCCCUUCUCCCUAUUAUGUACCUCUUCCCUCAAAAAUGUCUGUACAUGGCUUUUACAACUAUCCUAUUAAUACUCAUCUACAUCUACAUUCAUAACUUGCAAGAUCCUAAAUCAUCUCCUGACUCAUCUCAUGAAAAAUCAAGAGUCCCAGUCCAGUAUCAGUCCCAGUUCAAAACCCAAUAAGUCGUUACGAAAAAGCAUGAGAAGACACAAAGGGCUUGCACUGUAAGUAUCCCGGAGAGCUCCAUACAAUUCCUUAUAAUUUUGUUAUAAGGAAUUGUAUGCAGCUUUCGAGGAGACUUUUCUUAAUUAGCUUAGGCGCGGCGGAUUUUGUCACGUAUGAUCAGCGCGAGGUGUUUUUCCCGACACCCUUCUGUCAGGAAAAUGUCAUCAUAUGAAAGCAAAACAGACACGAUCUCGUCGGCAGGCCGAAGCCGGCAAAAAUAAAAGGCUUUUCUUCUUCCAUUUCAGAGGUCAGUUUUUUUUGAUCUGGUCAAAAAUCGGGUUUUUAGGUUGUAGGUAAUAAAAUAUUGUCUUAUUCUGUUCUCAAGGACCUUUAGAAAACGAGACAAACGAGAUAAUUGUCUAGAGAAAGAAGCAAGAAAACGCUUUCUUAGAAGAAAAUAUUUUUUAAUUCCCGCAGCGAUUUUGCGAAAUCGCGAAGCGCAAUAUAUUCAGUUUCUUCCAAAGCCGUCAUGAUUAAGCAGUGUAAUGCCAUCUCAACUAAAAAUGAAUAUAGUUUGUAUCGCAAAAGCCGCGAAAAUAGAGCUGAAAAAAAAAGUGGAUCGGAAAAAUUAAUAAAAUCACCAAGAAACCGUCUUGCGGGAGCUUUGUUAAACAAACCGUUGGUAUGGUUUAUGAAACCGAACCUGGAAAAGGAGACGUCUGCACACAGAAUACAUUUCAUCCUACAUGUAGCUGUGAUUUCCAGAACGGACCUCGGGAGCCUCAUUGCCGUAAUAUCUUCUACAUUACAGAAACCACAGCAGAAUCGCCCUGCUUGCGUGCUAACUUUCUGCUCCAAUUAUGACUAUACAGUACCAGUGAAUUGUUUCAAAAUUUAAAGCGGCCGAAACUUAUUUACAUCAGCGCGUAGUUAGUUAGUUAAGCAAUAAUAAUGCACAGCACUGUAAAUAACACGGUUCUAGAAUAUCUGACGGCUUCGCGUUUUGUUCGUCGCUGUAUGCGAUUUAAUCGCUUAUAACCUAACAGAAAAUGUAAAUGUACCUGAAGGAAAUACCGUGUAUUACCUUACCUUAACGCUGUGAUGUGUGUAAAUUUGUCUUUUGCUAUGGUUUUAGACAAUACGACUUCUCCUGACUAUCAAUUGUGCGUCAAAACAAGCGCGAUAAUGAAAUGGUCGAAGUGCCAUGGUGUAGCACUUUAUGACAAAGUUUUAACUGGAAAACUUGUUACCACCUGAUGUACACCUGUAUAGUCUAUGUUUGUAAGCUCUGCCUAAAGAAUCACUGAGUUACACUGCACCCAUGGGUGUGCCACCUAAAGUGCAGCCUAUGUUUGUUAGGUCUAUACCUAAAGAAUCACUGCGUUACACUGCACCCAUGGGUGUGCCACCUAAAGUGCAGCCUAUGUUUGUUAGCUCUACCUAAAGAAUCACUGGGUUACACUGCACCCAUGGGUGUGCCACCUAAAGUGCAGCCUAUGUUUGUUAGCUCUGCCUAAAGAAUCACUGGGUUACACUGCACCCAUGGGUGUGCCACCUAAAGUGCAGCUUAUGUUUGUUAGCUCUACCUAAAGAAUCACUGUCUUACACUGUACUCACGGACGUUUGCCUCACGCUCUCUUCAAAGACAAAAAAGCUGUAGUCUGUUUGGCCAAAAAUCAAGCUUUGUUUCCCCUAAAAAUUUGACACCAUAUUAGGGCCCCGAAAGACGUUAAAAGUUCCUCCAUAAUAGAAGAGUGUUUUGCUAGAGUUAAGAAACGUUUGGCUUACAUGAGUUUCAAUAUAAAGGUGCAAAAACCUAUCAGCAUAAUUAUAGCACACAAACAUUGUCAUCAAACUCCUGGCAUGUAGCCUGAAUAACUCAAGCAAAUAUGAAUAAAGCAUGUAACGAGAAAUCUUCGUCAAAUGGUCUCGUUAAGUAAAUUACACUUCACUUUGCGAAAGAAAUUUAUCGUUUGUAUCCGUUUUACGCAUCGAAAAAAGCGAGGAGUCAUCGCAUGACAUUAGGUAACAGAAGUAAUACUCACGAGUUUCACGAAUUCCAAUUCCACGAUUUUUCGCCGAGUAACAAAUUUAAAACUUCAAUUCUUACCUUACAGUGGUCGGUUCAUUUACCUUACAUUUGCCAACACUAAUAAACAUGAACAAAACGAUGAAAUCCGGCACUCUUCUUUCAGAAGUAGCAAGCCGCAUGAAGUAAAAUCCACCGAUAAUGCGCUGCAUUCUCACUACAAAUAUAAACAUUUGUCGUGAACAAAAUACGACGAGGAGGAAAAAAUGCCAGAUCUUCGCCUCGGCAAUGUAUUCCAGCUACCAAGCCGGCGUAUCUCCAGAAGGUGGACUCGACGUGGGACAAACCUUGUGAUUUUUUUAGGAGCCCUUUGCGCGCAAACUAAUUUAUUCUGGCGCGAAAUGAAGAUUAAGAAAAUGUAUCUGAAAUCUAAUACGCGACAAGAAAAUUUUCGCACUUUUGAGGAGCGCGACAUAUUAAAUGGGAUUAAGUCGGAUUAGCUGCCCGCGGAGAAAACAUCGCUGCGUGGGAUGGUACUUCCAGUAAAAAGCCUCUGUGUCCUCUCAUGUGCCAGAACUCUCAUGAAACCAGACAAUCACAUUUAAUCUGUAGUCAACUUUCUGUGGAGCAAAGUUUUCCAGAAGGGAUCAUUAAGCUUUAUGAAGGAACAAGUCUCAUGAUUGGCUGAAAGUCUGCAAGGUCUACUUAUCCCUGUAUUAGUGUACUGUUAUUAUUACAGUCUUCUUGACAAGAAAAUAAUAUUCUAAUUUUGUAAUUUCUCCUUAUGUUAGCAAGCCCAAAAGACUUAACAAUUGGUUAGAAACUGUCUGCCAUCUUGGUUCAGCCAUGUGCUUUUCAUAAUUAUAUAGCAAACAUAUUGAGUAACCACUCCAUCAGUAAAAUAAACACGGCCACUUUAAAAAAAAAUAGUAUCAGAGAAUUUGCAUUGAAAUAUUUCUGUCUAUCCGUUCAGAAAUUAUUCUUGGCCUAUUUAUGUGAGGACAUAAUUAGUACUCUUUUGUCUGGAGGGACCUUUUCAAAUCACGCAAACAGAAUAUUCUUCAGAAACAUUUUUUGGUUGAUCAAUCGUUGCAUCCCAUGAGAUGCAAGCUGUCAAUCACUCUGCGUCCGUGAGAAUUUUUAUGCAUCAGGGACAUAGGAUGCAGACAAAAUCACUGCGACAGGUUUUGGAAUUCAGACUAGGAAGAUACUUACCCCAAGAGGGCCUCAGGAGGAUGUUGUUUUGUUCAUCAUAGAAGGCUCUGAGUGACAUAGCUACCCCCUUCAAGUGUGACUCUUGAAAACCCUCUCCCUUUCCCACGGAUUUCUAGGUACCUUAAUUAGGGGUGGGGGCUGGGAUGGGUGCAGACGUUAAAUGAAAUGGCACACACAUGAGAAGCUACUUUGUAUUAAUAAAUUAAUCAAGCCAUUUUGAGGGGGAUUUUACGGGGGUGCUGAACACUAAAGUAGACCAUGCCCUCCCUAUAUCUCCAUAAUUAUAUCUUUUGGGAAGGAGGGCAUGGCACAGUUAUUUACCAGAACACAUGAAAAAAAAAAAGAAAAUUUCCAGGAUCUGGAGUUGUUUCUGAUUGGUCCAAACAACAGUUCUAUUCCAAUUGGAGGAAGAUUAGGUUUGAUCUCCCAUGGGAUUGCGACCCUUGCAGUUUUAAAACAACCAAUGUUCAUAGUCAACAUACUCUCCCUGGCUUUAGUUUUUCCCCAAAACUGGUCCUUGUUUCCUCGCAUUGACACCCAUAUCUUAAUUUAGCAGCUCCCGACCUCUGUUUAAAUAUUAUAAUAAUUUAUUGCAGUUAAACUUAGCCUGCGAGCAAGCUUUCAUGGGGCGCUCUGGUGGCGGGGCGGGAAAAGUAAGGAGAGCUUGCAACUAUGUUUCUGGAAUUUGAAUAUCUACGUCAAAAAAGUUGUUGCAAAAUGCUGAUUCCUGGAGAUGACAUAGUAAUGACUUCAUUACCCUUGGCACAUGUUUUUCGAUGUUUGUUUACAUUCGUGCUUGUUUCCGCUUCACGCUGAUUGGCAGAAAUCUGACAGCUCAGUCAGUGGGGAGCUACAGGGGAAUUGGAGGUGGAAUUUAAAUUCCAGAGACACAGUUGCAAGCUCCUUUCCUUCUCCUGCCCUGCCGCCAGAGCGCCCCGGAAAGCUUGCUCACAGGCUAAGUGGAAACUCCGGGUACAAACCACCUCCUGUAAGCGACCACUAACUCUUCGCAUUUUUGGUGAUCGCUUAGGGAAGGUACGACUGUAUUUCUUCAUGACUAAUGCAGAUAUUAUUAUUUUGCAGAAAUGCCCUUUUGAAGCAAUAACCAUUAUUAAUCUCCCAAGCAACCUUGAAAAGGAAACCACACAUCGCUACAGUGCUAAUUCAUUUAAGCUUCACAGGUUUGUUUUAGCUGCAUAAUUGACUACUACAUAAUAUUAAUUUUGUUUGUAAUAUUUACGUGUAGUUUUAGUUUUGAAAAUUGAAAUAUUUUUCAAUUUGAGAAGAGAAAUUUCAUAUAAAUCUCCAAGUGGUCAUGUCAUGUUCUGUUAUAUUAUUAAAUAACAACCAAUGAAAUGCCAAAUCAUUUCACUAUAUUUUUUUCAGCUGCGAAAGGCAGGAUUUAUUAUGUAGCCAUAGCAAUGGUGAUAUUUUCACAUGUGAAGGUAACAUGUUAUUUUCAUGUGUGAAGAUAUCAUGUCUCUGGUAUUCCAUUGGUGAUAAAUUUCUGUAUUUCAGAAAAUAUUGAUGCUCCCUCCAAGGAGGGUUUUUGGUUUGAGCCUUGUUUAACCACUCUGGAAAUUCCAAAUUACACUUAAGAACUCCUUCCCCCUGAGAAUUUCCACUGACCAUGACCCCCAUGGGUGGGUAUAGAUAUUUUCUGGAACUGCACAUUUUUUCUUGCUAGUAGAAGUAUAGGAAAGAGAGACCUCUGGUGGCCCCCAGUGCAUUUUCUAUCACACAUGUACUGGCAUUUCCUUAACAACCACCAACGUUUUAGUCACAUGCGACACAACUUACAGUUGUUUACAGAACCGGUUCACGCGAUAACAACUGUGAGCUCAGAAAUUUUUAGUGUGCAGUCUCAACAGGGUAUGCACAUUCUACGUUAGACGAAACUAGUUUUGAAAACCGAUAAGUUUCAACCACACAUGUGGUCAGUGGCAAUGGUUGGGACCAACAGAGAUCUCUCUCUUUAUGUUUCCUCUCCUUCUUCUCUUGCCUUGAGAGGCCUUUGCUAACACUGACAUCAUACAAUGACAUUUUAUAAAAAUAGUAGGUGAAGUGACGGUCCUUCCAACUUUGAUAAUAAUCAGAAAAUAAAAUGACUUUUUCCCUCUGUUGUAGGUUGCCAAUUCCAAGACCAGGGGAGGUCCUUGGUUUGGUAGGCACAAAUGGUAUUGGCAAAUCUACAGCACUGAAGAUCUUGGCUGGCAAGCAGAAACCUAAUCUUGGAAGGUUUGAUGUAGGUUGUAGAAUAGGCUGUUUUCUUAAGGUCAAACCAGGGGGUACUUACCAUUUACAUCAGACCUACCAACUCUCAUGAUUCUGCUGUGAGUCUCACAAUUGUUUAACAUUUCUCAUGGCCUCAUAACAACACUCCCAAUGCGCAAUGUCACGUUUUUUCAAAAAUAUCAUUCUCAAAUGAAAUGUUAUAUUGUAGAAUAAAAACAAAAUUUUGUGCAGAUUCCUAGUGCCUGUUUAAGCCUUGAUAGUAGUUUGCCUAAUACUCCUUCUUUCCUAAAAUACUACUCGCCAUAUUAUCUGGAAGAAACGACUCUUUGAUGACAUCUUCCCCUGGCACCCUCUUAGAGUCAUCAAUGAAUGAAGAAAGCAAAGCAUCUAAGUAAGCAUCCUUGUUAAAAAAUAUGGCUUGCACGGCCGCCAAUCGUUUUAAUUUUCUGGAGGGUUAGGUAUGCUUUAGAGGAUUUUAAGAAAUCACUGGGCUACAUGAGUGUUUUUAAAAUAAUAAACUUUUCAAAUGGACCAUUUUCAAGAAAGCCAUUCGCUGGGAAGGUUAUGUUGUCUAUUUUGUCUCUAUACUGCAUGAUUUCCCGUUAUCAUCUUUCGCGUUGUGGUCAUCCUUUGCAUUUGUAUGUAUGCACUAUUUAUCUCUAUUACCACACGAUACAUUUUUCUAUUUCCCAUUAUAACAAAGGCUAGGGGGUGAAGAAAGCUGACAUUUUAUUUCAGACUAUAGCUUUCCAUAAAGUCACCAGAUCUGAAAUAUUAUUUGACCGUUAAACAAAUGUAAUAAGAAUUCCCUGCUCUCAAGUCUCAAUGACUAUGUUUUGUCACGCUGAACUGCUAAGACUGCUAAUGGUUUAGGUUUUGCAGUAUACUGAUUCAGCACAAUACCAGCAGCUGAUGUCAGUCAAACAUUGAUACUUUCAAAUCAAACUUCACAUACAGGGAUUUUCCCUUCAAUAUAAACACACUUGUGUAGAACUCAAGAUCGUAGAUUUUAGUGAGUGUUGUCGAAUUUGGACGAGACCCAACCAGGGUCUCUCUCUCUCUUGCUCUGUAGAGAUGGGUAGGAAAGAACCCUGGGAACGAGGUUGCAGAUUUCCUUUAACCCUUCAAGUCCUAAGAGUGAUCAGUAUCAAAAUUCUGCUUGUGAUAUCAAUGCCCUAUAAAACAGAUUGGUGAUGAGAAUCAAGAAGGUGAUCACACAAGUUACAAUGAGUUGAUACUUUAACAACUUCUUGCUACCGCUUUUAUAGGAAACAUAUAGGGACAGCAAAUGGGAAUUUGAAUUUUGAUAUUAGGGCUUAAAGGGUUAACGAGUCUCAGGCCAUUCCAUUUGGGAAGCUUCAGAAAAUAUGGACUGUGAUUUGAGGCAAUGAAAUUUUGUGACUUCUUUUAGUGCAUUCAGCUGAUUUGGGUAUACUUUGUAGGGGAUCAGUUUCCCAGCUCAUCCAGUUGUAUAGUUUUAUGUUUAUGCACAAGAUUUCCACUUGGGUGGUUUGUGUAAAUGGUAAUCACCCCAGAUGCGUUAUUGGCUUUCACUGGGCUGCAUUAGGUGUAAGGAUUGUUAAAAUGUUUUAGGUGAAAGUGAGAUUCUGGUUAGAAUGUUCUCACUUCAGAUUUUUUCUCAAUAUUACAUGUGUUUCCAACCCCUAAUUAUUUCCAUAAGAUAGUUCAAUCAUGCCUUGUUUCUAAUUCAGAAUCCUCCAGACUGGCAAGAAAUACUUCUGUAUUUUAGAGGAUCUGAACUGCAAAACUACUUCACAAAGAUUUUAGAAGAUGACUUAAAGGUACUGUAAUAGCAUUGAGUUUGUAUUUUAAAUUAAAUGGGUCCAAAACACAGCCUGUGUACUGCUGCCCAUUUCCCCAGAAAGGAAAUUGGGGAGAAAGAUGUCUGUGUCGCAUAGUCAUUAAUUUUGUUCCUGAUUAAUUGGUGUUACAGUGACAAAACAGAACUGGUGUAAUGCGCAAUUAGCGCUUGUGCACCCUUAGAGACAAUUUAAAUUUUUGUACUUCAGUUAAUUACGUGUACAGUUAUCAUGUGUGUAAUAACAGCUUUGCAGAGAGCCACUUAUUAACAGGAGUUUUGUCAUCAAUUUAGUGUUUAUGCCAUUACCGUUUUGGUUUGUUUUGUUAUGAAGAAUUUUCAGUUAAUCAGCUGACCAGCUGUACUUGUUACAAUAUUGUAAUAUGUAAUAUGAACUAACUGGUUCUUUCUGUUUGUAUUCAGGCCAUCAUUAAACCUCAAUAUGUUGAUCAGAUUCCGAAGGCUGUCAAGGUAUGUCAAUCGAAAGUUCAUAGUUCAUAAAGUAGGCUUAAGUACUGUAGGUAAUACCUAUUAUACAGCCCCUUGGGUGUCCUGUGCUGAGAUGUCCUUGGCUUUACAUGACCUGUGUUGGUAUCUGUGUUUUCAGGGCAGUGUUCAGGCAAUUCUUGACAGGAAAAAUGAGAUGGACAACCAAGCACACAUCUGUGAACAGCUUGGUAAGGCAAACACCUUUUUUGUUGAAUUUUAUGAUGGUUUUUCUCAUUACAACUUGUAAAGUAAUGAAACUGAAAAUGGUUAUGAAGUAGAUGAAGAAGUACUUAGAAGAAAAAUAUGGGAGUCCACAGUAGGAAUCCAACCCACAGUCUUCCAGGUUUUGUUGGGAUGCUCUGACCUAUCACCACAGGACUUUGCAUCUUGGAAGUACAUUUAACAUUAAUCAAAGCAACAUGGUAAAUAACCUGCAUCUUGCAAGCACAUUAAAUAAUGUGUUAUGUACACUAUGAACCAACCAACUAUCCACUGCAAUGAAACUGAGACUAUCAAUGAAAUGUUUAAUAAUUUAGAAACGAGAAGGUAAUGACGGCUGCUUCCUAGACAUGGUCCACGUCGCAAGUGAGGGUGCAACCUCAAAUAAGUGCAUUGUAUAGUGUAAUCCUUCAUCUAAAUUUUAGAUGCCACAGAUAUUAAAUUGAUUUAUUAUAAUUUUUUUAACUACUAGAUCUUACAACAGUGAUGGACCGUGGUGUGGGUGAACUGUCAGGAGGAGAGCUGCAGCGUUUUGCUUGUGCUGUUGUUUGCAUUCAACAGGCUGAUGUGUAAGUGUAGAAACUUGACUGUUGACCCUGCACUUGAUUUCAUCUACAAGGGGUCGGAACAGUUGAAAAAUGAGCAAUACUUCUAAUGUUCUUUAUUUAAGUCCUCUUCGUAUUCAAAUGUACUUCUAAAGAAUUCUAAGAUCAAAAUACAAACAGUGGGAACUGCCACCAAAUUGUGCCCCAUUUAGAAUAAUUGGCAAUAGAGAGAUUUUCGUAUGACCUUAAAAAAUGGUUUUGGUAAGCGUUCGUUAUUUUUGUCAGCCAGUGGAUGAAAAGAUCCAAACAUGGCCUCUUCGUUUUCCUGCCAAAGAAAACCCUAAUGUGGAGAAGGCAUUGUUCGAUUGGCCAAUCGUGUUACCUUAUGACGUCAAAGCGAAGUAUCGAUUGAUUUCUAGAAAGUUCUCGGCCACGCACGUUUGUAUCCGUUUGAUAAACCAAUCAGAUCGCUCUAUUCAGUCCUGUAAGCUGUCUCUUGGCCAACAGAUGACUAGUCGGUUGUAGCCAGACUAAAGGCUGAUAUAUUUUCCACAUGACAGCUGCGCGUCAUAGCAUCAAUAAAGCAAUCUCAGCAAUGUAUAAAAAACAACUGUUCAGCGAACAUAUGGCAUAUUAGCCUGCGUCACUGACUAAUCUAAACUGGGAUAGCAACGUCUGCAGAACAGCGCCACGUUCCUUGUUCUGGGCGCCCUGCUGUGUACCAGGAUUAGAGUACGCGCCAUGAUUGGCUUGUUAAAAAGCCAUUGUCGAUUUACCAAUCAGGGUUGACAGCAAAUCCCAAACGCAUUUCCGGUAAUUCGUUGAUCCCUUUGGGGGCGCAGAACAAGGAUUUUGGGGCUGUUCUAGCAGUCUAGAAAAGGUACUUUCAGUACAACGACAAACACUACAAACAGUUACACGGUACAGUUAUGGGCUCUUCAGUCAGUGUCCAGUUUCUGUUGUUGUAGCAGAAAUUGGCAUGCAAAGCAUCGAGGAACAAACCUCAGCUACAUAUACGCGAACUAUACCUCUUUGGUUACGCUACGUUGACGAGACAUUCACCGUAUUGUACACAAAGACGAAAUCGACGAUUUUCACGAACACCUUAACAGACAGAACGCGGACAUAUAGUUUACCAAGGAGAUCGAGGAAAAUGGUAAAAUUCCUUUUUUUAGACUGCUUGGUCACUCGCGACAACAACAGACUGCGAACGACAAUUUACAGAAAACCGACAAAUACCGACCGAUACUAGACCAGUCAUCAUACAACCCUACCUUACAUGGCUACAACUACACGGACUUUGACGAGACUAGCGCAACUAGUUUGCGAAUCGCCUGACACCCUACAAGACGAGACUGACUACCUAAACAACGAGUUUAGUUAACAACAACUACAGCGCGCAUUUUGUUAGACGGAACACUCGUAGUAACACUGAUUCCAACUCUCAGACCAACGUCAACUCUGGCCCUCUUACGACAGCGACUAUACCGUACAUCAGAGGCACCUCGGAAACUAUCGCACGUAUACUACAACCUUACGAUUUACACGUUGCACACAAACCGAUAACCACUUUACGACGACUACUUACUAAUGUCAAGGACAAAGACAAACCGGAGGGCAGACAGGGAGAAGUAUGCAAGAUCAAAAUUAAUGCUGAGACUGCCAGGCUACUUACAUUGGUCAAACCGGCAGAAACCGUAGCACGAGACUGAACGAACUCACACGAGCUUAACAGGACAAGAAACAUAAAAAAGAUUUUUUUCUUGUGCGAUUAAGGAAUUAUUUUCAAUGAUUUAUUGAAAGUACAUUCACUGAUCAUCAAAUGUGCUUUCUCAAGAAAUAUCCAGCUGCGUGACCUCUACACAGUGGUAACCUCUAAUCAAAAUGUCUUAAGGUAUUUGCACAGGCAAAUUUUCAACAUUUUAUUUUGCACUCAAAAUCUUUCUACAGUAAGUUCAGAUGAUGUAAUAUGCAUAUCUGGUGUUCUUUUUUGAAUAUACCUUCGCAUUAAAGAGAAAAUCUACUCAAAAGCUGACUGAUUUACCGGAAGUUAAAGAAAAAUUGUCAUUUCCGUUACUAAGAAAAUGGACGGCAGGAGCGCAAUUUGACUCCUCUUUCCCGCAUCAAGUUCUAUUGAUGCGCUGAACAAAAUCUAUUCACUGCUUGGAUUCAUUGACAAACUACAGCCGCUGUAUGUCCAACUUGAUUUUUCUUCCUUCUGUUAAAGCUGUGAUGACUAAUAUUACUUGCUUCUUGUCAAAAUUCGUUAUGUUCUUGAAAUAUGCUCCGUUUUCCAAGGCUUAAUAUUGUUUUAAAUUUACAUUACAUCGGUGUGUCUUCUCACCUGAUAUAUUCUGACAAUUUUGCCAGGAGAGUAAAACGUUUUCUUGGCCUCUAAUCCUCUGGUCUGUUUUUCUGCCAAUUUCUUUCACCUUACAGAAGCAAUUCUUUUCAAUUUUGAAUAAAACUCUUCUUCAAUCUUCAUACUUCGGCGCGCUUCACUGCAUUAAAGCUGACACUGAGUAACGCAUCUUCCGGAAAUACGUCACACCUAGCAACUGGUCACGUAUCAAAAUCCAAGGGGGCUAUAGAGAGGUCAUUUGGCAUUUUCUUAGGCUUCCACGAGCAUUUUACACAGCGGUGAUUCAAAAUGGCGGGCAAGAAGGUCUGUGAUGGUAGUAUCGAGGAAAAACAGUUGAUUUUGAGAAGAAAAUAAGCUUUUUCACACUGGAAAAGCGUUAAUUACCGCGUGACCGAUUUACCUUGACUUACGGGAACCAGUUUUUUGGAGGAAUGGAUCAUUAUUUCUUUGUGAAAUUUGGCAAAUACACAAACAGCAUGUUAAUGAACAGAUCUGUGUUUGACUAAAGGUUAGAACACAGGUAGCCCAAGCUCACUAUGAGAGCCCUGAACAACAUUAUCCUACUUAGCUAAUUAAUUAUUCAUACAGCAAGAAAAUUAUAAGACGUUGUAUGGAGAAAUAUUCUUUGCUCACUAAAUUAGCAAAAUGUACAUUGAAUAUCGCUUUGAAGCUUACCUUUAGCGUCUUCUUGUUUUUCUUUGUCUUCUGACUGCAUUUCAGACCUCAUAGGCACUGUUUAAGGCCUUUUUUUGAGCGACAGUUUUUCACCCAGAUGACAGUAGAGACAAGAGAAGAGAAGGUUGGCAAACCUCUCUUGACCGGCUCCGCUCUCGGCGGCGAUAAAUUCCGUGACAUUUGCGACAUGGAGACAAUUCCGCCAGAAACAGAUGUCCUGAUAAAUAACGCACAUUUUCCAUCAUUCACAUCGCCAAAAUUCCCAUUUCGAAGGUCCUAAAUCGCCAACGAAAUGGGCAAUACACGGCUGAGGUGAGGCGAGUCGAGAGCAGACCCGCAACGGACUCCAACCGUCACGUCGACAAUUCAAACCGUCGCGGGCUGGCAGGGUCAAAUUGUUCAACCGUCAAUGGACAAUUGGAGCAUUUAGCCUACUGGGCACAGUAACUGAUUUUUUACUUCUCACAUUGCACUCCGGGGUCGCGGAAGUCAAGCAUCGCGUGUGAUAAUGACAUGUAAUAUCAAAACAUGUCGCGUUGUUAAUGUUUUGAUCUCUACCCUUCUUUUUAAAAAGCGUUUGACAAUGGUUUUUUAUGUAUGAUUUAGAAAAAAAAUUUGCAAUAAGAAUUACUACGGCUGUAAACAGUUGUUAGCUAUUUUUCCUCCCUUUUUCAACAAGUGGCAGUAGGUAGCAAGUUUGGGGACAGGAUGAAAACAUUAACAACGCGACAUGUUUUGAUAUUACAUGCCACUAUCACACGCGAUGCUUGACUUCCGCGACCCCGGAGUGCAAUGUGAGAAGUAAAAAAUCAGUUACUGUGCCCAGUAGGCUAAAUGCUCCAAUUGUCCAUUGACGGUUGAACAAUUUGACCCUGCCAGCCCGCGACGGUUUGAAUUGUCGACGUGACGGUUGGAGUCCGUUGCGGGUCUGCUCUCGACUCGCCUCACCUCAGCCGUGUAUUGCCCAUUUCGUUGGCGAUUUAGGACCUUCGAAAUGGGAAUUUUGGCGAUGUUAAUGAUGGAAAAUGUGCGUUAUUUAUCAGGACAUCUGUUUCUGGCGGAAUUGUCUCCAUGUCGCAAAUGUCACGGAAUUUAUCGCCGCCGAGAGCGGAGCCGGUCAAGAGAGGUUUGCCAACCUUCUCUUCUCUUGUCUCUACUGUCAUCUGGGUGAAAAACUGUCGCUCAAAAAAAGGCCUUAAACAGUGCCUAGGAGGUCUGAAAUGCAGUCAGAAUACAAAGAAAAACAAGAAGACGCUAAAGGUAAGCUUCAAAGCGAUAUUCAAUGUACAUUUUGCUAAUUUAGUGAGCAAAGAAUAUUUCUCCAUACAACGUCUUAUAAUUUUCUUGCUGUAUGAAUAAUUAAUUAGCUAAGUAGGAUAAUGUUGUUCAGGGCUCUCAUAGUGAGCUUGGGCUACCUGUGGUUAGAAUUGCCGUACAGCUGAGUUAUUGAUGUCAAAAUAUGGGUCAAAUUACAAAAUAGCAAAUUGUGCCCUAGAGGCUGGAUUAAUUGGAGCUGUGUCGUAGUCAAACACAGAAUUAUUCUAUCUUACGUCCUUAUUUGUGUUACAUUUCUUUUUUAACAAUAACUCUAAGGAUUCUUCUGAAAUUUUGAUUUUUCUCUUUCCGUGUCACCCUAGGGGGUAAUUAAAUUAACACCUUUUGGGUGACAUAACAUAGUUUAUUUUGAUAUAUUCUAGUUCCUCAAGAACUGAGGAAUACUGUCAAUGUAGUGACAUAUAGAUAUUAUCCAUAAAACAACCACUAAAAAUGAUGCAAAAAUGUGCAAAAUUUGCCUGUGCAGAUACCUUAACUUCUCUUAUUUUUCUCAUUAAAGCUACAUGUUUGAUGAGCCUUCAAGUUACCUGGAUGUCAAGCAGCGCCUCAAGUGUGCCGUGACAAUACGAUCCCUGCUCAGUGAUAAUAGGUAAAUUAACUGGCCAUGCAAUCCUAAUUAGGUCUCAUUACCAUUUUUACAUAGACCAUAAUGCACCUUGGUCACCCCUUAACAUUUUGCGUUACUAUUGUCUUCGAUUUCUCUUGGGACGACGCGGAGAAAUUGGAAACAAUGGUUAUGCAAAAUUUGGGGGAUAAGCAAGGUGCGUCAUUGUGCGUCAUGGUCUAUGUGAAAAUGGCGAAGAGAACUCUUCUCUGGAACCUCUGUUUCGAUGCCAGAUCAGUCAUUUGUAUGCUAGCGGAUAACAGACCAGUCUCGUUCCCAGUCGUCCCCAGUACCCUUAUCCAGCGAAACGGACAACAAAAACAGGAACCAUCAAAUCUUGGUUUCGGUUUUAUUGUGGCUGCUUGAAGUUGCUUACCCAUUCAACCAAGAGACGUUCCUAAGGGAGUUUUGCCUUGAUUGCACAUUGUUACCUGCUCUGUCCAAAGCAGUUUUUUUCUUUACGUUUCGUUUGAUGGAUGUAUUCAGUGCCAAGAAAGUAACGUGAAAGGACCGUUCAAGGAGGUGAAAAGAAAUUUUUUGGCAAAUACCGCGACAGAAACAUUCGUUAGUCAUACCGGCAAGCAUUCUUUUGUCCUCAGAAUGAGCAUAGCUAUUAGACUUGCCACAAGUCGGCUGCCAUUUGAAAGGUUAAGCAACGUGAAGAGACAUAACACUGAUCAUAACAAAUUUUCGUCUUCGUCUGAUAAAGCUACGGUAAUCGUUUUUCCAUUUCUUCGUUAAUGGCGACGUAGUUAAUGAUCAAACUUUGGGGGUAUUAGCCCUGAAAAAAAUACAAUCGAGUCACCUUAACUAAGGUCUCCUUUAGGGAUUUAUCAAAACCUGAACCACCCCUGGGUAUUUUUGAGUGUAACAAUGUUACUUCGUUAGUAGGGCAAUUCACUUGCCCCAGGACGGUUUUAUCUAUCUGCAAAGAUCAAAAUUGCUGGUUUGCAGGUAACGUCACGGCGGCCAUGUUGGGUUCAAGGACCAAGCAUUUCUAAAACUAAAACCCAUUUUCAUGUAAAUUUUUCGAAACGAAUUUUAUUGUACUGAACACCAACAUGACCUCCUUGUCACCUGGUUGCGAACCAAGAAUACGUUGUGCAUUUGCUAGUUUUUAAUUAAGCUUCAAAACGUCACUAUAAAUCGAAUUCAAAGGAGGGGAAGGGGUUUAUAACAGGAGGUAGAUGGGGGGCUUACAUCUGGGGAUUUUUUGUUUAUAGGUAGAUGGGCCUAUAACUGAGGUGGGGGGAGGGGCUUAUAGGCGGCAGUCUACGGUAUAUAUUUUACCCUGUGCUUUGUGAUAUUCUUAUUGCAGGUACAUCAUUGUAGUGGAGCAUGACUUGAGUGUUCUGGACUAUCUGUCCGACUAUAUCUGCUGUCUGUACGGAAUGCCAGGGGCUUACGGGGUUGUCACCAUGCCUUUCAGUGUGAGGGAAGGUGAGAGAAUUAAAAAGAAGAAGGCUAGCAUCGAUUCAUAUUUAAUUCUAGAGAAUCCGCAGAAUGUUGAUGUUCUCGCAGUCAUACUCGUCUUAGAAUCUAAAGGUCUCUGUUAUUUGUAUAAUGUUGUGGUUCAGUUUUAUCCUUGGUUUAAAUUUGGGGGGUAUGGAGUGUAUGAUACUGAAUUGGAGAAAAAGGAAAAUAGAAAUUAAACCAAUGAUAAAAUUUAACCUCAACAUUUACACCCAAGUUUUGUCUACUCGUUGUCUAUGAGCUGACAGAUGGCCAUUUCAUACGAGGAAAAUUUUAUAGAUGAUUUUGAGCAUCAAUAUAUUUUCAUUUUCACAGGAAUUAACAUCUUUCUGGACGGUUUUGUUCCGACUGAGAACCUCAGAUUUAGAGAGACAUCACUGGUCUUUAAAGUUGCCGAAACAGCUGAUAAGGUUCUGAACGUUUUAACUUUGCCUUUCUCUCUGUAUGCCUUGCUUGUGUUAGAAUUUCCUGAAGUAUUGCCUGUUAAGAUUACACAAAAGUAAUGGCCAUUUUUAGAUGCAGGGUUCGCACAGAGUGUUGAAUUCUUGAAAAAGUCUUGAAAUUUGCCCAGGAAUUUUCCAAACCUGGAAAAAGUCUGGAAAACAGAUAUAGAGUUUGGAAAAAUGGUAAAAAGUCUUCAUUUUUUUUUCAAAGCAACAGCGAAUGCUUUCUAAGGGGAAUCUUUUCUGUUUUGGUCAAAUCGUAUUCAAUUUCGCUUGUACGUUUGCAGCGAAUCAUGAAAAAAGCUUUGAUCCUGCUUUUUUAAAGUCUCUAUUGAUCACCUAUUUGAUAACCUUGAGUCUGGAAAAAGAAAGUAUUGUUUUGGUGAAAAGUCUAAUUAGAAAAGUCUGUUAGUUUGGUGAAAAGUCUGUUAGAUUUGCGCCAAUCAGCGCGAAGAGGAAUCGAGUAAACAAUCAUUGAAAAACACGUGCGAAGGGUAAUGACGUCAUUACUUAAGUGAUCUCCGUCAAUCAGCAUUUCGCAUCGACUUUUUCGAUGCAGAGACGUAGUUGCAAGUUCUCCUUCCUUUUCCCGCCCCGCCGCCAGAGCGCCCCGGAGAGCUUGCUCGCACGCUAAUUUUAAAACAAUUCAUGUCACAUACACUUUAAUUAACGAGCGUUUGGUAUUACCUUAACAGGAAGAGGAGGUGAAGAGGAUGCGCAGAUAUAAAUACCCUUCAAUGGAAAAGCAACUGAGUACGUAUUAGAGAUAACCUUUUGGGGCGUGUUUAUCCUUAGCAGGCGCUGGGAUGGAGAGGGAGCCAUGGGGAACGUGGAUUGUUCUUUUUUUUUCUGAGCUUCUGUCACCAUAAUCAGUAAAAGAGACCGGUAAAAAAAGCCGACAAAAGUCAUGGUUAAUAAAAUGAAUUGCCCUAGUUAUGAAGCCUAUUCGAUCUCUUUGGCGUAUGUUUUGUUAGCUUCUUUGAACUUGACUUUGCGCAACUUCACUAGCAUCCCUAUCAUUUUAAACUUGCCGACCAAUAGAAACGUCGCACUAAUCAGUGUGCAAAGAAAGUCAGUUUUGCAGUUUUCCAUUUGGACAUCUCAGUGUAGCUAGCAUGUACCAACCCAAAAGUAAUUUCAACUUGGCCGAAGAAAAAAGAAUCGAUAAGAAGGAUUGAUUACGGUUCUUCUGUAAUAUGAAUUCCCACAAAAACGUCACUUGCUCAUCGUGAAAGUUAAGAACAGAAUUCACUAACCCGAUAGCAAAACCACUAGCCCCUGGCUAUUAGACACUACUUCUUUCACCCUGAUUAAUUUAUUCAAUAAAAAUUUGUAAACAUUCAACAAAGAAUGUAAGUUUGUGCACGUUCAUGGAGCUUCCAACAUAAACUGUAGCACCGUUGUUUUCAACUGUGACGUUUGCCGGCUUUCAUAACCAGUUUCCUUUACUGACUAUGUAAAAAUCAAAGGCGAAAACAACUGUGCUGUAGUUAACGUUGGGAGCUCUCUGGCAAACCACAAUCCUUUCGAUUUUACUUACAAGUUGUGACUGAAUAAUUAAUGCAACGUUUCUAUUGGUUAGUAGCGUCAAUAUUCGCCACUCUAAAAAAACGACAAGGAAACUGGGCCGAGUUAACUUUUGCAAAGACUUCUGGGUCUGUUAGUAGGGACAGGGAAAAAAUUGGCCAAUAGCUGACCGCCGCUUUCCCAGUAACGGUCCUAGAAUUCCUUGCAAAAGCUAACCCCGCCGAGUUUUCAUCUCUUUCUUUAAGUUGCUAAUGAUAGGAAUGCUACUGAACGUUGUGCAUGGUCACGUCCAAAACAGCUAAGAACAACAUUGGGCUUCAUAAUCAUUGUGUCUCU